ACCAGUGUAGAGAGCUUGACAAAUCAAGAUGGCGCCGUACGCCAAAGCAGGAAAGAGGUUUCAGUUUAAAUAAAACUGAUUCCAGGCACACAAUAAAACUCAUUCUGAGCCAGCGCGAUUAAACAUCGUGGGGAUUUUGAAAGGACAAGACGGAGCAGAUACGGAGACUAUAAAUGGCUGCGAGGAAGUCUGGAACAGAUGCAUACAACAAUGGACCCAUCAGCUACCUUGAUGAUGUUCCUUUUAAGAUAAACGAUAAAUUCUGCUGUCCAGCCAAAGUGGGAUUACCUGUUGGUUUCUGUAUGCCAGACUGUGGCUCUAUUCUUGUGGACACGCAGUAUGACUUUUCGUUGGAGAGGCGUAGUGCACGCUGGGGGAUAGAACUUGCUGAAGUCAGAGCAGCACAGGCCAGAGCAGAAGAAGCUGCAGCCAAGCAGGAGGCAGAGAGCAAGGAUUCUUUGGCCAAGGCUCAGGACAAUGAUGAUGGUGGAGGGAAGAAAACCCUGUCUGUUGCAGAAGACCAGGACCCUCCACCACCAGCACUGAACCCCGUACUGGCAGGGCUGAGCCAUAAUGCCAUCCUUACACCACUGCCUGCCCCAAGCUUUGGCCCUAGGAAAACCCAGCCAAGCACUCCUCAGACACACAGUCUCAACUUAGCAGACUUUGAGCGGGAAGAAGACCCCUUUGACAAGCUUGAACUCAAAACGUUGGAUGAUAAAGAAGAGCUAAGGUGUAUCCUACAGAGCCAGCCUCAGCCACCUCCCUCUGUAUCAUCACCAGAGGCCUCUCAGCAAGGGUCAACAUCACGUGGAAACAGCCCAUCUCCCCCCAAUACCAACACCAGCUUCUCAACCAAACCAGGCUUUGCCCACAAACCCAACGGGUUGGUUGCCUUGCUGGAUAUGGACAGAGUUGGACAUCCUGGACGAGUGGGCUUUGACACAGAUGACCGGCCUUGCAACAUCCGCUCUCUGUCUUUUCCCAAGCUUUCUGACCCAGAACCAGUGAAAUACAGCCCAUUUCCUGCACCCAUCCCUGGCCCCCGGCAAAACCUACCUAACGGCAGCCCGCCGACCCUACCAAAAACACAAUUUAUUGUUGCCCCUGAGACAUCCAGUCACAACAAGAGUGGUACACCAAAGCCUACUAACCCAGGAUCAGGAUCUUCUGGUCUGCCGUGUGGUGGAGCCCUUCUCAGCAUGACGCCCAGCGAACGCCAGUGUGUGGAAACAAUUGUGGGCAUGGGAUACUCUUAUGAGGGAGUCCUACGGGCCAUGCAGAGACAGGGGCAGAAUGUGGAGCAGGUACUGGACUAUUUGUUUGUUCAUGGCCGUCUGUGUGAGCGAGGCUUUGAUUCAAGCGCAGUGGAAGAAUGUUUAGAGAUGUACCAGUGUUCAGAAGAAAAGGCCUUGCAGUUUCUUGAGCUCAUGUCAAGAUUUGGUGAAAUGGGAUUUGAACGAGAUGCCAUCAAAGAAGUGCUGCUAGUCCACAACAAUGAUCAGGACAAGGCUCUGGAGGAUCUGAUGGCCCGUGCCACAGCUAGCUGAACCAAGCCAGUCAGCUAACCAAAGCUCUAACCAGGGCAUGCCUCCUGUUACCACCAAACAGUCCCUUUCCCCCAACGUACUUUAUCUCACCAUGCCCUGCCCUUGCCUUGGCUGUAAGAAGGGACAGCUGGGAGACUUAUUUCUCUCUGUGCUAAAACAUAUUGUGUGUCAGCACUUCUAAAAAUUUGUGUGCCUAGAUUGGAGGGAGUUAAACUGUUGCAAUAUUUCAUGGUUGUUCUGGGACUUGGUAUCGCUAGUUUAUUCAAGAACAUGAGGAAUGACUGAUCUGGGAAAGAGAAACUGGAAGAUUUGGGCUGUGGCAUUUGGAUGCUGUGCUGUUUUGCUUCUCUUGGAAGUGUUUCUCUGAAAGCAGGUAAAGCUGCAAAAACUCGAUGCAGAGGAGCUUGUGACAGGCCUCUGUGCACGUCAGCAAAAAAACCAGUGUGAACUUCAGAAGUCCUAAAUGACUAAGCUGCCAUCUUUCACUGCUCUCUGCAGAUCUAGUAAAUGCUGGUUGGGAUCGGGAGCUAAGAGGAGGCUCUCUCAAACUGUACCAACCUGCAUUUAACAUAAAAGGCACAGCCAUCAGACAGACCUGACUCAAGAAGUGUCCUCUGAGCUGUUGUGCCCCUCAUCUAUUUCUGUUUUACUUUCUGCUUUCAUUCAUUCAUGUCUUGUAUUUUGGGUUUUUUCUGUUCAUUUUGGGCACUUUUUCCAUGUCAGUUUAAAGAUUGCAUUUCUUUGCUUUCUGUUUUAGGGAUUGCAUAAUAGAUUGUUAGUAAUUAUAACUCCAAAUAAGAGAGUACCAGUUGUACUCUUCAAUCUGCACUGGAAUAGGCUACAACAGUGGGGAGGGGGGAGAUGGGAAAAGUUUCUCGGGGAAAUUUAGAAAUAUCCCAUGACCCGUUGUCACUGAUGUGUCACAUACUGCACAGGCAGACACCUUUCAUAAUUCACAUUUAUUUAAAAUAGUACACUGACACUUUGAUUUAAGAAUAAAGCGUUUAAAACGAUAAUGUAAGAUAUGUUAACUUACAAAUGUGAUGCUAUAAACUGUCAUGAUGAACGUUUGUUUGCAGAGUGGAAAAGAGUGAAUGGUUAAAAAAAGAAGAAAAAAAAAAUGAAACCAGAUGUUAAAUGAGGGUUGUUUUUGCAGCCGCACCACAGUGCAAUAGAUAUUUCAUGUUGUGUGACUGUUGACUGGCACUUUGAGCCUCAAAUAAUUGUUGGGAGAAACAAAAUGGUAUUUAAGCCUUGCUGGAAAUUUGGCAUAAAGUAGUGAUGAGUUGAUUUAAAUGAUUUCUAUCAUUCAUUCUUUAAUCGAACUUUGGUUGUCCAAUCUUUUUCCUCAUGUCUUUCUUUUACUUCAGUUAACAUCACCUCAGUUCUAAAUAGAUUUUUAAAGUCUUAAUUUACCACAUUUUGAUUGAGUGCAGUUUUUUGUUUUUUUUUUUGGUAUGUGAUAAUGGACCUCCUUAGUUCCAUUUGUUCAAAAGCAUGUCUGCUCAGUUGCACCAGGAGCAAAGAUUUUUCAUGGGGAUUGUGAGAGGCAUGGUAACAGAUUAAAAAGUAAGCAAAAUGUGACUGAAAACUGGCACUUUGCCCCAGACAGGUCUUGUACUUUGUUCCAGUGUUCCAUUGCGAAGAAAGCUUUUCUAACCACCGACCAGUUUGAGAACAAACCAGUGAAACUGUGUUUAAUUGCCAAUUUGUUUUAUUAAAGUGACCUAUUCUUUGCAGAGUAUAAACUACGAAGUCACAGUUACAGUAAAUUAACUUCCAAAAUGACACAUUCACACACAUACACAAAGACUUGUGUCAUAAAUUUGUCUUUGACUCAAAUUGAGCCAUUUUUCUGGUGUUUGUAGACUUCGCAUUCCUGGUGUAGAGGAUUAAACAUGUCAUUGUUCAGAUGUCAUAUCAGACUUGGUACAACUACUUUUGCCAGCAUUUAAAGUCUGAUAAUUGACAAGGGAAUUUUUAUUUUAGUUGCCUUUUUUAAACAUUUCCAUAAUAAAGUAGAAAGGUCUACUUAUCCAACAGGAUAAAAAAAAAACAAAACCAAUAAGUGAUAUUGUUUCCAUACUUAACUUAAGUGCAGUAAAGUAACGCAUCUCUUCUCAACUCUUGUUAGCGAUGAAUUGGGCCAGUUGCAGUAUGUAAAUUUCUGAACCGCCUAUAACUGGUUUCUCAUUUCCAUUCUGGUCCUUCAGUUGUACUUGUUGUAAGUUCCUUUUAAUUAAAGGAGUACAUUUAUGA